AUGGAAAGACAAUGGAAAGAAAAAGCUUCUUAUUUGGGUUGUGAAAUAGAAAAAAAAAAUACCUUAUUGCAAAAGUAUGAAAAACAAUUAAGCAACAUGAAAUUUCUUGCAGUUCAUGAUCAGAGAUCAAUUUCCAAAGCUAAGUCGGACACUGCUGUAGCUAUUACCAACAAACAACCAAGUUUACAAUCACAGCAUUCACUGGAAUCAUUUCAAGAAUGUAGAGAAUAUGUCCAAGUUGUUAAUGACUUAAUAAAUAAUUUUGAAGAAACACGAAAAAAAGUUUUCCUGUUGUGGAACAAGUUUCAAGAUUAUACAAAAGAUAAUGGCGAUAACUUAUUAGUUGAUCUGAAUGAAGUAUUACAAUCAUUUGAAAGUUCCAAGAAAAAGAUUGGUGAUAUAAUUGGACAAAUUGAAAAUGUUGAAGAGUGUAAGGUGAAUUCUUUAAAUUAUAAUUUGGAAUGUCUAAAAGUGAAUGUUUUGGAAAUCUCUGACUGUCUGUCUAAAUCUUGUUUGAUUUCUGAUUCGAGUGAAGCAGAUUUUAUUUUGGAAGGUGGUGAUGUUGGAGUAAAAAAAAAACUUACAACAGCAAUAAACGAUUCUCUGUCAAUUAUCCAAGGCCUUGAGAAGUUAAAAAUUAAUUUUGAAACAAUUGAUAAAGAGAAAUCGAUAGCCUUUGAAAAUAACCAAUAUGGUGUGGUUUCUUUAAUUAAAGCCCUUGGUGAUGAAAAAGAGAAUUUUACGAAAAAACUUGCUGCAUUGAAAAACCAACAGUACGAAUUUUCACAAAAACUUAUUCAGAACAUUAAGAACUUUGAAGAAGGAUUAUCUUCUUAUAAUAGUUCAUCUGAAGGUCUCAGAAAAGAAACUAGAAAAUUAUUUGCUAUCAUUUUGGCCAAAGAAAAACAGAUUCAAAAACAAUUUGAUGAAAUAGACAAUCUAAAGAUGGCCCUUUCAUCUAGCAAGUAUGUUGAAGAAGCUAGCGAAGAAAUUGACAGUCUUCGAAAAGUUGUUUCAAAUAAGGAUUUACAGUUGGUGGAAAAACAAGAUUUAAUACAGAAUUUGAAAUAUUUGAAUCAUUCUCUUCGAACAAGGCACCUUAGUCAAGGUUCUUCAUCUUUGUUGACCAAUGAAAAUAGUUCUGAUAAUGUAAUUGAAAAGUCGCAUGAACUUGAAGAAGGUCUGUUGAAUAUCAAAGACAAAUUUUCUGCAUUAUCUUCAGAUAUUAUGAGCAAUAAAAAUAAGAUGGUUAAAUUUGAAGUUGAAACAAAACAUUUGAUAGAAGCUUUAACAAAGAUACAUAAAGAAAUUACCAAUGCUAAGGAAACAGUUUCUGAAAAUCCAGGACAACUCUGUUCUUUAGAUGUAAGUUUUACCGAGGCCGAAUAUAAAGUGGAAGAGUUGCUACAUGCUCUAGAAGUGUUUAUAUGUGCUGAACAGCGAGACUUUAAAGAAUUCACAGAUUCUGUCAAUAGUUAUAUUGAAAUAUUAUUGGAUAUAGUCGAAGUUAUUAAGAAAUAUAUUAAUAAUGAGAAAUUGUUAACCAAGGCUUUAAAAGAUGAAAACAAUCAAUUGAAAGAUCAGCUUUGUAAACUUCAGAAUCGGUUGACAUCUUCUAUUAGCCAGCAAACAGAGAUUUGUCAUGAGCUAUUAGCUGAGGAAAUCUAUGGGUAUUCCAAAGACGAAAUAAUUCAAAGUCUUCAAGAAGAUUUAUGUCAAAGUAAUUGCUGUUUAGAAAAAAUUCAGGAAGAGUAUAUGGCUUUAAAAUUGGAGAAAACAGAAAUGGAAGAAAAAAAUCAAAAAGUUAUGGAAGAACUUCAGGCCAAGAUCUGUAAACUACAAGCAUCUUUACAAAAUCAGACACCAGAGGUUAAAACUGUGUACCAAUUAAGUUGCAUUAUUGAAAAGCAGAAUCAGCAGAUUUGCCAGAAUGAAAUAAUUGAAGAAUCUCUUAGACGUGAAAUUGCUUGUAAUGAGGAAGACAUCAAAAUCAGCAAGUCUGAAAUCAAAGCCAUGAAGAAUAGGCUGAACACUGUUAAUUGUAUGUUUGGAGAACUGCAAGUAAAGUUUGAAAAAGCAAAGGAAAUUAUUGCAGAGCUUCAAGCAGAUCGUUCAGAAACAGAGCUGGAAAUCAAAUCUUUGAAGAACAAACUGAAUGCUUUAGAAGCUAUGUAUUCAGAUGUAAAAAAUCAGCUGGAUUGUGCUAAUGAACAUUUAGCUGAAUAUCAAGAGAAACUAUCAGAAAAAGAGCAUGAAUGCGAUGAAAUGAAGUUUCAAAUAAAUUUUCAACAGAGAGGACUUGAAAAAAUUAGCCAAGAAUUAAGAGAAAAAUCUGAUCAGCUUAAUGAAAUUCAACUGUCGGAAGAAAUGGGUAAUGCUGCUGUGAACAAACAAUUUCAAGAACUGGUGGAUCUUAAAAAAAAACUUGUAUGUUGGGAAAAUUUAAUGUUUUGCCUUAAAAAAGAAAUCAGUGAAAGAUGCGAAGAGACUAAUCAUUGGCAAAAUGUUUCGACCAAACAAAAAGAAAAUCUUUCAGAUCUUAUUGAAGAAAACCAGAAUUUAAAAAUUGAAAAUGAAAGUUACAAAAAUGCACUGGAUGUUAGCAAAUGCGAACUCUGUGAAGUGACAGGGGAAUUGGUUAAAUGCAGACAACAUAUUUAUCAGUUAAACAAAGAAAAGGAAGAAUAUGAAAAUGAAAAGUCUAUGUUAUUUUAUGAACUGGAAACUAAUAAAAAAGAACUCGAUGAAUUAAAUACAGAAUUGGGACAAAGCCAACAAUAUAUCCUCGAAUUAAACCAAGAAAAGGGUAACUUUCAAACAGUUAUUGCCAAUUUAAAGCAACUUUUGGCUGAGAAAAGAAUGUCCGGAUAUGAAUACAAUAUGAAUCAUGAAAGUUUCACUAAGAAUGUAGUGAAAGAACAAGAAAAAUUUAUUGAAAUCCUUGUUCUUAAAGUCUGCCAGUUGGAAAAGUUCCUUACUGAAAAAGAAGAAGUUAUCAAUCUUCUUGAAACUCAAUUAAGAACGAGUACAAUGCUAAUGACAGACAAUUUAGACCAAUAUGAAGAAGAUGAUAACCAAGUAUAUGUUGGUGUAAACAAUAUCGAGCAUCUUACAGCAGUCACUCGCGAAGCAGCUUACAAAAUGAAACUUUGGCAGUCAUUAGAAAUAAAUAGAAAAUUAGUUGCCAUGGUUAAUUCACUCCAACAUAUGAAUCAGGGCCUUCUUCAAGAAAGAAAAUAAAAUAAGUAUUUUAAAUAGAAGAAUAAUGAUUCAGCAUUAUGGAACAAUGUAUAGAUUUAAGGAAGUAUUGAUAUUUCCUCUAUGUGCAGCUUACGAAGACCAAUAAAAAUAAUUAUUUUGUCUGAAAAUUUUAUGAUUAAUUUUUUAUCUAA